AUGGAGCGGCGAGCACGGACCUUGUCGUGGGCAGAUCGUUUUGGCGAGGCUGGAGAGGACACAAGGCGCGUGGCUGUAGGGGUCUCGCAACACGAUCCUCGAAUCAAGGUGGGCUAUGUGGCGACAGGGUGUGCGACAGUGUUUGAAGCUACUGGACAGUGCAACGAGUUUGAAGGACGCGUGGUGCUGCAUAAGCGAACAGAGCACAAGGCUGCGAUAGAUCUGGUGGGCAGGCACGUUGACGGACGAAUAGAGUGUGCGCAAGUGGAUCGAAGCUUGAUUGAUCUAGCUACUGUACCGACGGAGCGAAACUCGAGCCUAGCAUUGCGAGCGACAGUCGAGGGAGCUACUGUAGGCCCACAUGUUAACCGCAACUUUCGUGCGACGCUACAUUGCUACUGUGACCGGCCUUAUCAGUCGCUGUCCGAACCGUCUUGUGGGUCCGCGCUCGCUUUGUGCCGCUGA